CUCUCUCUCUCUCUCUCUCUCUCUCUCUCUCUCUCAAGCUCUGCAGUGCUGAUCAGCCUCAGCCAAUCAGCAUGGAGACCCGGCUACCCCCUGCUGACAUCGACGGCGGUGGCCCAAUUGCAGGCCGGCAGAUGGGGGGGUGUGUGGGGGAAUGGGGGGUGAUCAGACGGAGCGUUGCAGCCUGCGCUCAGAGUCGCCGCGGCCGCUGCAGCACCUUGGAGAGGGACGCGUACACUUGCACGGUGACCCGUGUACGCGCUCUCAAACUCCUACCCCCACCGAGACCCCCGUGAGCCGCGACCUCUACGUCAAGACGCUCCCCAGCCGCCGGCUCGGCCCCCCUCCCCGCUGCGGGAAGAGCCGGGGCGUCCUUCUUUGUCCUCGCGUGUGCCGUCCCCCUCCUUCACCUUGACGGUGCUCUGCAUCGCUGGCGCCAGGAGCCAUGCCGGGGGAGGCCGUCCGCCGGAUCGCACCCUCGCCCGAGCCGACGGAAGCGCGGCAAGAGGACGCGGGGGUCCCGGGCCCAGACCUGACCGGACAUGUUUCCAGCUCCUCCGCUUCCACCCCCAGCGACUGUGCCUCUACUCCAUCCCCCAGUACCCCACCGCAGCUCUCCCCAGAAUGCACUUCUCCGUUCGGUCCGCGGCUGCCCAAGGCCAAGCCAGGCAGCUCUGCGGUGCGGCCCCAGCCAGAGGGGGCGAGCAGCGACUGUAGUUUCGACGGCCGCCCCGGCACGGUCGGCCGACUCACGGGCAAGUUCGGCCGGGGUCCCUGCAAGCGCGGGCCAGUCAAGAUGGAGAGGAUCAAAGUGCUGACGGGCACCGAGGUGGAGAGUGACUUUAAGGAGCCGGAGGAAAUAGACACACGGGUCGUGAUGGGUCAGGAGACCCUUCUGAGGAACAUGGAGGUCCAAAGAAACCUGCUGGUGGGGAAAACAACAGGACAGGAAGUCCCCAGCCUGGGAUGUCAGGGUCUGGUGCUGCCCACAGCUCCAAAGGAGGAAUCGGCCGAGCCUCCUGAAAAGGAAAAGCUGGACACUGGCCAGGACUGUCCUUCUGACACCCAGAACGAGUCACUGACUCCUAAGACGGAGCCAGAAAAAGACUCUGCACAGCUUCUCACCUGUCCUGUCCUGGAGCCCAAAGUUACGGAUGCUGGAUUGACUGACAGUUGCGGCCCUCUUGAAGGAGAACGGGAGGAGGAGCUGUCACUAUCUCAGGGUGAAGUGCCUUCCUUGUCUUUCUCGGAGCCAUCCUGUGCGGUUGACCCCCUUCGAGUGGGAGUACCUUCAGGUCUGGACCCAGAUCUUUACUACACUGCCCCCUCCACCCCUAUUAAGAUGGCCUACUGCUCGCACCUUAAGCACCAGUGGUACCCAGGCUCACCUUGUUCUGGCCCUGGCUCCCCUACCGAUGAAUCCUCUGACCUUCCUGAGAGUGAAGGACUGUGUUCUCCCCCAACGUCCCCCUCAGGCUCCUAUAUCACAGCAGAGGGAGGCAGCUGGACCUCCUCCUACACAUCCAGCACUUCCCACUCCUGCUCUCCCAACCUCAUUGGGGAGGCAGAGCUGCAGGAGGCCCCCGCCUGCUACGUUGAGUCCCUCUCUGAGAUUGGGGACGAGCUCGGCGAGGAGAGAAACAGCAUGGACAAGGAAUCCUGUCUCGAUAAAGCCGACGGACCGGAAACACUGGAAAGCGGGAUCUUUGCCGAGGGAGGGGACGGAGUAACGAGGCAGAUGUGCCGGCCUCGGUGGGUAACCGAAGAUCUGUCUCCUCAGAAAAGCAGCAGUGGCAGGAGCACAUCUUCCCAGGAAGGGGGAGGAGAGUCUGAAGGAUCUCUGGAACCCUCAGAGGAGCACGAGUCCACAGCGCCGGCAGCAUUUGAGGAUCCAAAUCAGGGCCUAGAGCUGGACCUUAACGCCUGCAUUUCUGAGCAUUUUGCCGCAAUGGGUACCCCUGUAGAGGACAUCUCCCCAGAACUUGUGGCUUCUUUCCCUUUUGUUCACCGACAGACCACUGCAGCAGAUACCGGGAGUCUGACCCCAGCUACUUGCUCUUCUGAGGUCUCUGACACAGACAACAAUAGUCUCUACGGCGAGAUGGCUUCUUCCCCCCUGCUGUUCCCAGGCCCCUGCAGAGACGAUGGCCCAGGGGGAGACAUGAUGAUACCUGCUUCAAUGCUCCCCUUCCAUACGAGCCUCAUCUUCCAAGCUGACUCUAUGGAGAUAACUCUGUUCCCCACAGAGGAUGAACCUGGAAAUGAUGUAGAUGCUUAUGCAGCUGGGGAGGAGGAGGGGGAUGUGGAUGAAGAUGAAGAUGAAGAGGACGAGGACGAGGUGAACGAGGUAGACGAGGAGGAAGAAUUGGUGGAGGAGGAGUGUAAGGCUUUAGAAGAUCCAAAUGAGGAAGAUACGUCUGCAUCGUUCCUAAACUCCCUCUCAGAGAACUCCAUCAACGAGGGUGUGGACGAGUCCUUCGCUUUCCAGGAUGACACAGAAGAGUCCGUCGACUCUGCCUCCUACAACGGCGAGGAAGAUGACAGGCUGUACAGCACGGAGAAGCAUGCAGAACUUGCCCAGCAGUUCCCUGGUCCUAAUGAUCCACCUGGGUCUGCAGCCCCUUUGCAGCAGGACUCCUCUAACUGUGGGAGCGAGAGUGAAAUGGAGAUCUCCUCUGAGUCUUCAGAUGCAAACCAAGAGUCCAAGGACGGUCCAACAACAGGUAAUGCCAAUCCUGCAGAGUCAAACCCUCCCAUAGCAUCUCCCAGUAUUUACGUCCCACCAAACCAAAAGGAUGAGAAAGAGCUGUUUUGCCCAGAAGAGGGCCCUUCACCUCACAAAGUGACCUUGAAAGAUGAGACACCAAAAGGGAGUGCAGAAACAGCAGAUGGUUCUGCUCAGGAACUGGUUGAAGCACCUGUUAUACAAACUUUCGAAACAGAAGCCUCGCAGGCAGAAGAAUGUGGUGGAAAAGGAGAGAGUCUUGCUAGAGAACAGCCUUUGAUGCCGGACUCCAGUGACCUUAUCAAAGAGCUCUCCUCCUAUGUAGUCGGAGAAGCUCUUACAAGUAGAAGUGAGGAACUGAGUACAGAGGCUGAACUUGCUGAUCAAAAAAAUGGAAACAGUACAGAAUUUCCAGAAUCCACAGUAGAUCUGGGUGAGAUGGCCACCAAUGACUUGAAUAAAGGAGUUCCAGUGCUAUCACAUCCCAAAGAUGACUGCAGCCCCAGCAACAUACCCGUGUCUACAAGUCCCGAGGUUUCCUCCGAAGUCCCCGACAACCUGGCUUUCGCGACGGCAGACAUCUCGACCUCAGAGUCCUCUUUAAAUCAGGACAACUUGGCAGAGAAUCAGCCGUGUACCGAUGACAUCAGUGCAAAUCCCCUUAACGUGACCUGCACCACCUACAGCAUGUUAGCCAUUUCGCCAAAGAAAGAGAACUCUGAGGCCAGCGUUUCACAAAAGGACGCAUCCGCUGAAGUCUGGGAGGCUGAGGUGCCACUCUCCCUUGGAGAGUGCUGUGACUACGAAGCAGAGAGCCUCCUGAUGUAUGAGGUGUCCCAGCCUACAUGCGCCGAGCCUGUUUUCACUUCCAACAUUAGUCCAGGUGAUGCGGCGUUUGCAGACCAAGAGGAUAACAACAGCAUCAGUGAUGUGCAAGUGGAAGCAGAAGAUGCAGACGGUGGCUUGCUGGAGUCUAAUUUGUCAAACUGGAAAUCCAUGGAGGAGAUUUCAGAGGCUGGUGGAGGUGAGGAUGGAAGCAUGCAUUUUCCAGAGGAUGAGGAUAGCAACCUUCAAAACCAGGAGAGCAGCAUCCCGAUGCACCAUCCCGUGGUUGCCGAGGAAACUAGCACACCGAAUGACCCAGAAAGUGACAGCUUGCUGUUUUUACCCACAGAGCCACCAAAAUGUCUGCAAUUCAACAUCCUUUCAGAGGAGGAAAAUGAAGACUUCAAAAAUCUGACUCCAGCUGGUGAACAGGAUAACGUAAACAUCCGAAAGGAGUCUUUAUCAAACAUAUCUGUUGUGGAAGCUGCACCUCAGCCGGAGACGACUGUUACGGCACCUGACACGGAGCCCUCGCAAGUUGAAGGUAACAUUGAGGAAGAAAACAGAGUGCAGCAAACAAGUCCAGCAGAUGUCAAAAUGACCUUCCAAUAUCAACAUCAACAUCAUUUUCCAGAAGAUGGUGACGGUAGACUAUCAGAAGUUGAAACCAGAACGGAUGCUAUUGACAAAUCAGAUGGCUCCGCUGUUGCAGCAGAAAAGAAACCUACACCUGUCCAAGAAACCGUCUGCAAAAUGGAAAAUGGCGCCAAUGGUAACGUAAGAUCAUUGGAACAUGAGCCUGCAUUGACAUUACUGGGUGGAUCUUUUGGCACAUUUAAUCCCAGGAAAAGAGCAAACUUCUCUAAAAUACAGAAGGAAUCAGCAAGUGUUCUAGCUGCAGUGAAGAAGGACGUGGUGGAAAAGUUUAUGGGCCAAGAAGGUCUUCAGGAAGCCAACCAUUCAAGGAGUGAAGCCAUAGAGGCUAGUGUUAGCAAUGAGCUACAAAGUGAAGUUCAGGAAAAUCAGACAAAUGACCAACAUGUCAGUGUACCAAAGACUGAAAGUGCAUAUGAGAAAAAACUGAGCCCAGAGAGUGAGUGCGAUGUCCUUGAAGCUAAAGAUAAUGAUGUAAAAACACUUCUUCUGGGCAGCGGUGAAGAACAUUUGUCUUUGCCAGGGGAAGGUCAUGUGCAGGCAAAUAUUUGUGUUGAGAAACCGCCUGAAAAAACAGUUGUCCCUGUAGAUAAGGGGGAAGCCAAGGCCGAGGACACACCUAGAAUGCUACAUGAGCUUCAGAAGUUAGAUGGUCCAGCAGUGAAUAGUGCUGACUUUGAAGAGAAGGAAAAGGAAGCCGCUGUGUUUUGUAAAAGCUCAUCGCCCUCUGGUUCCGCUGAAACUCGAGGCAAAACAGACCUUACUGGCCUGGAGGAGUCACGGGAAGAGGUAACUCCUCUUGACGACACCCGUCAAAAGGAACCAGUGGAGGUGAGCGUGGAGUCCAUGAACGAGGCCAUCAUCGAGAGCCUUGGGAAACAGCGGAACCCUCAGCUGCAAGCAAGUGAAAAACACGUGCCUCAAGAAGCAGAGCAAGUGCAAAAUGAGGACAAAGACGGCGGUGUCCACAUUUCGGAGUGCUCUGCCCGCCAGGUGGAAGAGAAGCAUUUAUUGCCAGAGGAUGUGGAGCCGGACAGCAGCGACAUACAGGGGGCACGACCGGUUGGAAGCACAAAAGACAUCAAUGACAAUAACAUUUAUGGUAGCCCCACCCCCUCAGCAGAGGACGACAGACCCCCCGUCCUUGGUAGCUCCGUGAGCGUAUCAGACGAGGAACUUCCCACCCCCAUCCAAGAGUCCCAGAGCGAGCUUGUCCAUCCGCCUCUGCAGUCUCACCUCCCCACACCCCACCUCCAUUCACACCCCGACUUCUUCUGCCCCGAGUUUCCAGCGCCCCUGGCCAGUCCGUCCGGGAGAAGCACGUCUCCCUCGGCUCGGUCAACUUCGGUACCUGUCCAGGACACCCGCCAACAGGUGGAGCAGCAGUCUCCACGCUCGCCAGUUCUGCAGCAUUCGCCGACCCUGCUGAGAGGCGGAGCAGAGCUGGAGGACUGCUGUCCGGCAUCACGCAGAGAGCGCCCCCCGAGGGGCUCUUCGCACAGCAAGUCGAGCUCGUCCAGCGACAGGGAGCUUCCGUCCUCCCCCAAGCCCGUCAGCCCUGCCCCCUGUAGCGCUGAGCCGCACCCCCCGGAGAGGCUGGCCAAUCGUCUCACUCGCUGUCCCAUGACUUACAGUCCCAAAGUGGGGUCCUGUAACGAGUCAGACAGCGAUGGCUCCGUACCUGAGCUGGAAGAGCCAGAUGGCCCCCUGCUGAGAACCCCGGACACCCAGUCUCAGCUUUCUCACACAGCGCCCUCUGCUGACGACUCCAUGAAUAAGGCCAAGCAGAGCCGCAGCGAGAAGAAGGCGCGGAAGGCCAUGUCCAAACUGGGGUUAAGACAGAUCCAUGGCGUGACGCGCAUCACCAUCCGCAAGUCCAAAAACAUCCUGUUCGUCAUCACCCGUCCCGACGUGUUCAAGAGCCCCGCCUCAGACAUCUACAUCGUUUUUGGGGAGGCCAAGAUCGAAGACCUAUCCCAGCAGGUGCACAAAGCCGCCGCAGAAAAGUUCAAGGUGCCCCUGGAGCCGUCGGCCCUGGUCCCGGAGAGCACACCGAGCCUGAGCAUCAAGGAGGAAAGCGAGGAGGAAGAGGAGGUGGAUGAGUCCGGCCUGGAGCUGAGAGACAUUGAGCUGGUCAUGGCUCAAGCGAACGUCUCCAGAGGGAAAGCCGUGCGGGCGCUGAGGCACAACAAGAACGACAUCGUCAACGCCAUCAUGGAGCUGACCAUGUGAGAGGAUGGGGGUUAUGCCUGUUUCUUGCACACACACUCACUCUGCGUGGCCCCCUGACCCCCCCAACCCCCCACCCAUGGCUCAUGCACACUAUAGACCCCCCUGUAUUGCUGCUAUGUUGCUUUCCCUUGUUCCUGCCGAAUAAAGAGUCCACAGUAACCGGAGCGGCUCCUCGCACUGUGUGGGUACGCGGCCCUUCACCGUCGACGUGUUUGACACACCAUCACACGGCUGUACGCAGGACAGGAUGGAGGCAGUGGCGCCCCCCAUAGGUCAAACUCUCUUUUUACAGCAUAGUUAUCAUAUAUUAAUGGUAUAAUACAGCCUGAUCGCCACUGCUGACACACGCUUUCCACGGACAUAUGCGUUGUAGUAAAAUUCAUAGAUCAGCUUGGACUUCACGAUGCCAUGACUUUCUCCUGUACAAUAAAUGAGUCCUAAUGCCGCUCCCACAAAACCCGAAUACAAGAUAUUUCACGAGUUCUUUUUAAAACCACUGUUUGUUCCGUAUUUUAUGUUAAAAAUUAACAUGUUGUAAAAAAAUGAGGUAUAUUAUGCUGCAUCAGGUACCUCAUGCCCAGGAUGUUUAAAUGCCCGGGUGGUGUAGUGGUCAGAGCUGCUGCCUUUGAGCUAAAGGACCGUG